AAAGUGCCACUUUUAUAUUGAAAUCCUCCGCAGGAAACGGACGUGACUUUGCGGCACAGCGCUUUCCUAGCCUACUCUCAAGGCUCAUCGACAAGUACGGAGUACCUUCAACCCCUACCAAUUUAACUAUCUUUUAUAUCGGAGCGUGCAAAGUCUGUCUGUUUGUUGUUAUUAUUUUUGGCUACACGCAUCCACUCAUUUUACUAAACUAUUUACGAUUAGAGAUAGAGAAUAUUUUCUUGUGGUGCCAACACUUCUACCAGAAUCUCCCAAAGUCUCGAGCUUGGAGCUCUUAUUCCGCGCCAAAGCUUUCUUCUUUCAGCCUCAGCAUUUUCGGAUCCACUCCAACGUCCGAAGGUGUGAAUGGUGAGUGGUAACCCCUCCCAGACCUGGCGUUGUAAGCAUUAUCAUCUCUUUUUUAUACUUGAGCAUCGCGGUCCCGCCUAGUCAAGCUUCUACGAACAGUGCGAGCGUCUUAUCCUCUCAUUGGAACCUAAAACUACCAUAAAAAAUGGCAGUAGAAAGUCCAUUGCUUGCCUCACCUGUCAACGUCAUGUCAGCCAUCUCCCCUUAUACAGAUUUCUCUCUAUCACCAUGUUCUCCUCCAAUUCAAAGAUCUCCAUAUUAUCGAUCGCUGUAUGUAGCACCGUUUUAACAGCCGACCAUGCUAAUAAUAUUAUACAGUCCCACACGAAACUAUCCAGGUUCCAAUCUCCAGCCAACUCCUGUCGAGGACGGCCUCUCCUCUUCCAGCGCGCAUCUACUCAGUCCAAUGAGUGACACGGUGGGACCUUCGCCAGUGACCUCGAAUGGCACUACAACCACAGAUAUUGAGGAUGAUAUGGCAGAUGAAGCAGUCAACCAUGAGGACAUACCCAGAGCCGAUUCGCAAAUUACCGUUGGUACUCUGCCAAAGCUUGGAAGCAUUGUUACUGACACUGAAAUAGCUGAAAAGGCUUAGCACAAACUUACCAGAUGAGUUUCGUGCUUCCCUUGAGGAUGAAUCUGUCUCGGUCAUUCACGCCCCAGAGGGCUACACAAAAUUUGUGAGGCAAUAGAGCUACAUGGUGAAGAAUCAAUGGCUGAUGCAUUACAGCUGUUCAAUGAUGCGAGCCCGGUACAAUCGGCAAAAGCACUUUUGGAUCGCUCGACUCCAACUCCAUACCAACAGCCUACAAGCUCAAGAAGUAGCCCAAGAAGUAGCCCUCGCACUAGUCCUCAAUUCAACCAAAAGACAAGCCCGAGAACCAGUCCAGAAACGAGCCCUAAAGUCAGUCCUAAAGCAAGUCCUAAUACAAGCCCCAGGAUGAGUCCAGAUCGGCUUCAGAUUGCUGAGCAUGCGAAUAAAGUAAAACUACCUUCCAUCAUAAGAGAUUUUUAAGGCUAACUAUUGGCAUAGUCUAUUGAGCCUGGUCCAGUUUCCCCUCCGCCGAUUUCUACAGAUAUAAGACCGAUCAGAUUCGGUUUAGAGAAUCAAACACCCCGAGCGCAAACUCGCCAAGAGGUCGAAUUAUUUUCGGAAGAAAGACGACCCUCUCGGCCAAGCAGUCUUGAAGGUAUAGUCGAAGAAGAAGCUAUGAAGAUGUUUUACUCACUAGACAUAGGGAUCCCAGAAGAACUAUCCAGAGGCUAUUCGGAAGAUGAUUUCGAUGCUAACACAGUUCACAAUGCGGACGAGGAAAUAUUGGCUUUGAAGACGGCACUCAAUGAAUGUUGGACUCUUUGCAAUACACUCGCUAGUCUUAGCUCCAUUCAUCGUGAGAGGAUAUUUAGCUUUUCUGGAUCGGGCGAUGCUCAUGAAAAAGCCUGGAAAUGUUGUUGGAAACUGUGCAAGAAAUUAUACGACAGCCGUGAUGAAGAUCAUGAAUAUCAUGUUAGACCUACGCUCGAUCUAUGUAGAGACUUCUGUCAAUCUCUAUUUGAUGUUCGUCAAAAGAAAGAUGAGGUAGCCGAUUCAGUAUUGCGGGUGAGCUUCGAACUAAACAACCACUUAUACAACACACACGAUCGCAAUCUCCCUGAAGCUUUCCGAGAAAGAACUCUGGAUUUCUACAUAACUUUGUGUCAUCGUCUCAUGAAACAAAGAAGUGAACUUGCCGAGGAGACAGAUGCUCUGCUUAGAGCUUGUUGGGGCUUGGCUGAAAUGCUUUUUAGCCUUCGACAAAACAAAAGGGAAGGAAAAAUGGCAGAUGAAGAGCUCCUUGGAUCUGCUGUUCAAGCUUGCUGGGAAUUAUGUGAUCUUUUCCGAGAAGGUUGGACACAAGUCCGUCCAGAUCGGGGUACACCUCGUCCAUCACAAACGACUUUCAGAGCAUCAUCCGAUGAAAUGUCUCGUUCUUCACAUACCAAGUCUAGUAGUCUAGCUUCACUAUCAGAAAACCUUGAGGAGCACACACCUACAAGAUAUGUCAUCCUACCUGAAACCCCAACAACCGACUUUGAAGACACCCCUAUCACACCCGAGGAGCUCUCGCCGAACAUUCCAAACAUAAUGGUUCUAGGUUCGGACAGACCCCCAAGAUGGUCAUCCGGUGCUUCUUCGCUUUCCGGCUAUUCUCAGGAAAGCGGUACUAGCACGGUCACAAACGGGAAUCAACCUGAAGAUCUCAACUUGACACGGCUUAAAAUUUUAAUUUUAAAAGCUUCGAUGAAUGUGGGAUAUUCAAGAACUGCAAUCUCUUCCAAAGGGUCACCCUUGACACUUCAGAACUUUGUCAAAGCUUUACCGACUGGUUCUUUUGGCUCAUUACCAGCGCAUGCGACUCUACUUACAUCGUAUCGAAAUCUAGUACUGAGCGAUCCUACUUUUAGAAAUCCAAGCUCGCUGCCUCCUCCAGGGAAGAAGGUCUCGGCGCCUGAUGUCGCUAAGAGUGUUAGCUGGAUGAUGAGAUCUGGGCAAUACACAUUUUUGAAAGAUUUGUUCAGAAUGGUGUUUGGCUUCCGUGUUGAUGAAGCUGAUUCUCGAAAGAAUGUCAGUAUCUCAGUAUGAAGAGGUCAUUUUGAUUACAGAAUAUGACGGGGCUGCUUUCUCUCGCCGUACUCACCUCUAUGCUUGCCAAGUGGAACUUUACUUUGAGGUGGCUUUAGCUUCCAUGUUAGAUAUCUGAUGUAACAUGCUAUAAGCCCACAGACAAUGCACGGAAUGCUAUUCUUUCGAAUAAUGGGAUUGUCUCAGAUGGCGAGGUGGUCUCACAAGGUUUAUAGAGUUUGUUUAUGAGAACUUUGGAUAUAACCCGGAACCUUCAUCUUUUUGGUACGCCUCAUUCUCUCAAUGAGCAUAAUGACGGCUUGUACGAAAAAGAAAAUGAGGUUCAUAAUGUUGGGAUUUGUGUAUUUGGGUGGCUGUUUUAUCUCUUUUUUUUGAUACCCUUGCUGUAAGGUGUUGCGGCGCGAAAAGGAAAUGUCUAUUCUUAGCCUCAUUGAUUUCAUAUAUGAUUAUUAUAGUUUCUUUUUAUAUAUUGACUUUUUAUAAACUUCAAAAAAUUU